AGAAAAUCUAGGAUCAAGCGGGGGAAGACUCGAACUGAAACAGAGGAUCAUCACGUUUGUCCCCUUCAGAUCCACAAAUUCAAAACCCAUCAUCAUCAUCAUCUUCUUCUUCUUCUUCCCUUGUUUCUUGUUGCUAUCACUCUUUAAUCCCCACAAGCAAAGAACUGCGACACCAUGGGACAAGUCUUCGAUAAGCUUCGAGGUAAGCAAUGGAGGGAGAAGCAAAUAAAGAAGUUCAGUGAUCAGAUUUUCGAUCGGUUUAAGAGUCACACCGGGAGGGCCAAUCUGACGUUUGAAGAGCUUUACAUUGCCGUGCUCCUCGUUUACAAUGACAUAAACAAGCGCUUGCCCGGUCCCCACUUCGACCCUCCUUCUAAGGACCAAAUCAGAAGCUUGAUGAAGGAUUGUGACAUGAACCUCGACGGAGAAAUCGACCGAGAAGAGUUUGUGAGGUUUAUCCAGCAGCUCACGGCCGACACGUUCACAGUGGUGAGCCAAGGUUUGAUCAUAUCUUUGGUCGUGGCUCCAACCGUGGCCAUGGCCACGAAAAGGGCCACGGAGGGCGUCCCUGCCGUCGGGAAAGUCGUGCAGAAGCUUCCCAACGCGGUUUACGCGUCUCUCGUGACUCUUGCCGUCGUUUGGUUCCAAACAACUCAAGGUGAAGUAUGAUAAGAACUUAGAAGAAGGCUUGUUGCGUUCGUGACCGUACGAACGGAUCGUAUUUAAGGUUGCCGGAUUCAUCGACUUGGUCGAUGCUUUGAUGUGUAAGGACUGGUUGCUAACUGUCUGCUUCAUGAUAAAUGCGCCCGCGAUUAGGACCCUUUUUAUGCUG